CACCCUCUCUUCCUUAAAUCGACCCCCUCAUUAAUUAAAAACCAAAAAAAGGGGAAAAAAAAAAAAAAAGAGAAGCUACAACGACAUUAACCACGAUCUCUUCGCCUUCUCUCUCUCUCUCUCUCUCUCUCAUGGCGUCUAGCGUGAUCCUCUCUUUCCGGCCACCGGUGCCGAUCCGGGCGAGCGCCGCCGCGGGAGGCGACCGGAGAUCGGAGGUGCGCGGGCGUAGCGGCGGCGGGGGGAAGUGGUGGGCGCCGCUCUUCGGGUGGACGGCGGAGCCGGACUACAUCGACGGCGGGGCGGCGGCGGAGAAGGAGACGGGCGCGGCGGAGGCGGCGCCGGCGCGGGGGCGGACGCGGCGGUACGCGGCGUUCACGGAGGAGAAGGCGAGGGAGCUUCGGAUGAGGAUGAUGGAGAUGGAGAGCUUCCACGACCCCAUGUACCACUCCGCCAUCGCCUCUCGCCUCGCUACCGACCUCCCUCGCCGGUCCGGCCCUUAAAUACGGAGGGAUCUACAGCAUUUGGGAUUAGGGUUAGGGUUUAAUAAGCGUGCGUGCGUGUGUGUGUUUGUGUUUUGGAGCGAGGUUUGAAAUAGUGAUCGUUCGCUCUCUUAAUAUGGAUCUCGUCGUUGAUCGCCGCUCUCUAUUCCCGCAAAUUCGUCAACGUGAUUAGGAGAAACGGCUUAUUAUCAAGUUUUAAUUUAUUAUUUUUUUUCUUUUUGUUGGUGUAUAUAUAUGUAUGAAUAAUGGUUUAAUCUGGGGAUGUUUUUUUGUCCCAAAAUAUUCUACUUGUAAUGCCCUCGCUUAGUCAGAUUAAAGGUUCCGACGUUUCCAGAUGCGGAUUUAGUGUGA